AUGCCCGAUAUACCCACCACCAGAGAAGGUCACGCGGGCACAAUCGUCGGCACCAUGGACGGCGUCGUGAAGAAGGCCGGCGGCAUCGUCGCCGGCGGCAGGAAACCCGAGACGUCUCCGCCGACUCCCGACCACGUCGACGCCCCGCCGGCCGCCGGGAAACGGAAACGGCCGGACAAGCACAGCAUGGACUACAUGAUGCGCUCGGGCAUCGCGGGUGGGCUGGCUGGGUGUGCUGCCAAAACCACCGUCGCGCCCCUCGACCGCGUCAAGAUCCUCUUCCAGACGAGCAACCCGCAGUUCGCCAAGUACCAGGGGUCGUGGGCCGGCCUCGCCCGCGCCGUGCGCGACAUCUACGGCCAGAACGGAGUCGUGGGGCUCUUCCGCGGGCACUCGGCCACGCUGCUCAAGAUCUACCCCUACGCGGCCAUCAAGUUCGUCGCGUACGAGCAGUACCGGGCCUUCAUCAUCGGCUCGAGGCACCAGGAGACGUGGUUCCGCCGCUUCUCCGCCGGCGCGCUGGCCGGCGUCACCUCCGUCUUCUUCACCUACCCCCUCGAGGUCAUCCGCGUGCGCCUGGCGUUCGAGACGAAGCAUAGGAGCUCGUCGCUCGCCGACAUCUGCCGGAAGAUCUACCACGAGCAGCCCAUACCGAAGCCGCAACCCGCCGCCGCCGGCUCCGGCGCAGGCCUAGCAAAGGGGGUUGCGUCCGCAGCGACGUCGACCAUUGACGUAGUAGCCCCGCGGUCCGGUUUUGUCAAUUUCUACAGGGGCUUCUCUACGACUAUCCUAGGAAUGAUUCCAUACGCUGGCAUGUCUUUCUUGACACACGACACGGCUGGAGAUAUCUUCCGCCUCCCAUCGAUCCGCGAAUACACCACACUACCCCAACCUGCCAAUGCCCCAUCGGACAAGCCAGCACCCUUGCGGGCAUGGGCGGAACUCACAGCGGGAGGCAUAUCGGGAGCGGUUUCGCAGACCGUGUCGUACCCGUUAGAGGUCAUCCGGCGACGGAUGCAGGUCAGCGGCGCCGUGGGAGACGGGCACCGCCUCCGCAUCGGCGAGACGGCGGGGCUGAUCUUCAAGGAGCGCGGCUUCGCCGGCUUCUUCGUCGGCUUGAGCAUCGGCUACAUGAAGGUCAUGCCCCUGGCCGCCGUCAGCUUCUACACCUACGAGAGGAUGAAGACGGUUUUUGGUAUAUAG